ACCUGUCAGACCUGAGCCAGCAGCCAGUGUGGCCAGAGUGCAGGCAGAAUUUCCUGCCAGGAAUUGGGCUGCCUGGCCAUGCUCUGGGCGCUCUGGCCCAGGUGGCUGACAAGCAAGGGGCUGCCCCUCCUGGGUGCGGUGCAGCUACAGAAACGAGAGAAGAGGGGACCUCAGUGGAAGCAGUGGCGGCGAGAGACCCACCCCUUCUAUGACCUCCAGGUGAAGGUGCUGAGGGCCAAAAAUAUCCAGGGCACAGACCUGCUGUCCAAAGCUGACUGCUAUGUGCAACUGUGGCUGCCCUCAGCAUCCCCCAGCCCCGCCCGGACCAGGGUGGUGGCCAACUGCAGUGACCCCGAGUGGAACGAGACCUUCCACUACCGGAUCCAUGGUGCCGUGAAGAAUGUCCUGGAGCUCACCCUCUAUGACAAGGACAUCCUGGACAAUGACCAGCUCGCUCUGCUGCUUUUUGAUCUGAGGAGCCUCAAGCCAGGCCAACCACACAGACACACCUUCCCCAUCAGCCAGCAGGAGUCACACGAGCUGCAGGUGGAAUUUGUUUUGGAGAAGAGCCAGGUGCCCGCACCUGAAGUCAUCACUAAUGGGGUCCUGGUGGCUCAGCCAUGUUUGAGAAUCCAGGGCACCCUCAGGGGCGAUGGGACAGCCCCACAUCUAGAGCACGGUCCUAGGCAGAUUCAGCUGGCAGUGCCCGGAGCCUACGAGAAGCCCCAGCUCUUGCCCUUGCAGCCUCCCACGGAGACGGGCGUCCCAGCCAUGUUCACCUUCCACGUGAAUCCAGUACUCAGCUCCAGGCUGGAGGUGGGCCUAGGAAAGAAGCUCAUGGUCCAGGGCGACCCGAGGGUCAAGGAGGAGACCCAGACCAGCAAGCCUGGCAUCCUGCUCUCAUCUCUGGCCCUAGGCCAGGAGCAGCAGUGUGUCGUGGCCCUGGGGGAGGGCCAGGAGGUGGCCAUGAGUGUGAAGGCAGAGAUGAGCUCUGGGGACCUUGACCUGCGUCUUGGCUUCGACCUCUGUGAUGGGGAGAAGGAGUUUCUGGAGAAGAGGAAGCGGCUCGUGUCCAAGGCCCUUCAACAGGCUUUGGGGUUGAGCCACGCUCCCGAUAGUAGCCAGGUGCCGGUGGUGGCCGUCCUGGGUUCAGGAGGUGGGACCCGAGCCAUGUCGUCUUUGUAUGGCAGCCUGGCUGGGCUACAGGAGCUCGGCCUCUUGGACACUGUGACCUACCUGAGCGGGGUCUCCGGAUCCACCUGGUGCAUCUCCACACUCUACAAGGACCCAGCCUGGUCCCAGGCGGCCUUGCAGGGCCCUAUUGAGCGUGCCCAGGCUCGGGUGUGCAGCAGUAAGAUGGGGGCAAUGUCCACAGAGCGCCUGCAUUACUACGCCCAGGAACUGGGAAUCCGGGAAAGCAGUGGCCACAGCACUUCCCUCAUUGACCUCUGGGGCCUUCUUAUUGAAUAUUUCCUGUACCAGGAGGAAAAUCCUGCCAAGCUGUCUGACCAGAAGGAGGCAGUCAGCCAGGGCCAGAACCCUUACCCCAUCUACGCCAGCGUCAACGUCCGCAGCAACGUCAGUGGGGAGGACUUUGCAGAGUGGUGCGAGUUCACCCCCCAUGAGGUCGGCUUCCCCAAGUAUGGCGCAUAUGUUCCCACCGAGCUCUUUGGCUCAGACUUCUUCAUGGGGCGCCUGCUGCAACUCCGGCCCGAGUCCCGGAUCUGCUACCUGCAGGGUAUGUGGGGCAGCGCCUUUGCAGCCAGCCUGGAUGAGAUCUUCCUGAAGACCUCUGGCCGGGGCCUCAGCUUCCUAGACUGGCUCAAAGACAGUGUGAACAUCACAGAUGACUGCCAAGACCUCCAGCUUCACAAACCAGGGCGGCUGAGAACCAGGCUCUUCACCCCUCAGGGACCCUUCUAUCAGGCUUUGCUGGACAUAUGCACCUCCCGGUUGACCUCAGCCGAGAACUCCAACUUCACCCGGGGCCUCUACCUGCACGAGGACUAUGCAUCUGGCAGGGAGUUUGUGGCCUGGAAAGAUUUGCAUCCAGACGCCUUCCCCAACCAGCUCACUCCCAUGAGGGACUGUCUAUACUUGGUGGACGGAGGCUUUGCCAUCAACUCCCCAUUCCCGCUGAGCCUGCAGCCACAAAGAUCUGUGGACCUCAUUCUGUCCUUCGACUAUUCCCUGGAUGCCCCUUUUGAGGUCUUACAGAUGACAGAGAAGUACUGCCUGGACCGAGGCAUCUCCUUCCCUAGGAUUGAGGUGUCCCCGGAGGACAUAAAGGAACCCCACGAGUGCUACCUGUUUGCCAAGGCUGAGGACCCAAGCUCACCCAUCAUACUGCAUUUCCCCCUGGUCAACCGUACCUUCCGCACACACCUGGCCCCAGGUGUGGAGCGAAAAACGGCUGAGGAGAAGGCUGGUGGGGACUUUGUCAUCAACGGGCCAGACACUCCCUAUGGCAUGAUGAACUUCACCUACGAGCCCCAAGAGUUUGAGCAGCUGGUGGCCUUGAGUCGAUACAAUGUCCUGAACAAUGUAGAGACUGUGCGGAAGGCCCUCCAGCUGGCUCUAGACCGGCGACAGACUGGGGACAGGACUGGAGGCUGACCCAGGCUGGAGUUGGGGGACUGGGACAGAGGAGGGACCCUGGGCUCCAGACCAGGGCUUGGUAGGGGGAGGAGUAGCGGACCCUCCAGGGCUUCUGGUUCUCAUCUCUUUGGAACGUGCAUUGAGGUCCCCAGGCUCUGGGGAUGUUCCUCCAGGGUGCAGCCUGGACUUUUGAGGGUCCCUUCUCCCCUGUGUUUCUGGGAGGAGGUAGUAUGUCGGGGAGGGGAUGUAUGGCAGACAUAAACAGUUCUCAUCUGACACUGGAGUGUGUGGAGGGACUCAGGCAACCAUCGUGGCCCAGGGCCCAUGCCAAACACAGAAGGACUUCAGAGGGAAAAGGUCUUCAGGCCCUCAAAGGUAGGGGUGCUGAGAGAGCCGAGUGCAGGUUACUGCCCUAAACUGACGCCAGAAGCAAAGAUGCGUCCAUCCAAUCCACACUUCCUGCAAACAGCCCCAGCCCUGACCAUCCAUCCCUCCAUGCCCCACUGCAUCUGGAUGCUAAAGGCAUCCAGAAUAAAGGGGGACCACAUCGGUUGCCCAUCUGGGUCACUCACCCCAGAGUCCUGCCUGUUAAUUCCUCUUCACCUCUGGCCUCCUCUGCCUGCCUCAUGGCUCCCCACCCUUCUGUGCUCAGCCUCCUGAAGGCUGUGGGGUGAUCUCCGCUCCUGGCUGGGCUCCAGCUGGAGGUUCCCCAUGCUAAUUCCCCAUCUUUGCUCUUUAAACUUGGGUCACAUCCUCUUAUCAGGUGUACAGCUGCUACCUUGAGCAAAUAGUCUCACCAUUCCCAGAAGUUAAAUGAGUAUGUCUAGAGGGCAUAUCCAUUUAUUGGGGCAGAGCAAACACAAACCUGCGUGUGUGUGUUUUCCCAGUGGCUCUGGCCUGUGAGCACCUGUCAGCUGCCAGGGAUGGGCAGGGUUAGAGAACCUAGCUGGGAACUCACAGCCUGGGUUCCCACCUUUUUCACAGCUGUGUCCUGCCAUCUGGGCCAUCUACUUCCCUCUCCCUCUGCUUAUCAUUUCUUCUGACCCACAAGGAGCCCUCCACACAUCCGAAGCCUCUCCAGCAUUGGCAGAGUUCUGGUCUGUGGAGAGGAGAUCCACAAUGACUGGGCUUGGUGUGGGGGUCUUCAGGCCCUCUCCCCCUGGCCAGGCCUCUGUGGCCUCUUUCUCCUCCCACUGCCCCACCCAGCGCUGAGCCACCUGGGGCCCUUCCAUGGCCCAGCUGCCAUACAGUAAGUCCCCGACACACGAACUUUUCAAGUUAUGAACUUUCAAAGAUAUGAAUGUGCGUUCCAUCAGCAUCAGGCCCUAGUGAAACUGCAGCUUGCCUUCCAUCUCCUCGUGCUGACCAUCCUUCUGCUCAACUAUCUCCCACCUCCUUUUCUUCAUCCAGGCAGUAACUCUUUUUGCCUGUUCACUCAAUGCCCACCCCUGUAUGCCAGCUUUUGUCAUGUACUUUUUAAGAUACUGUACUGUAAGAUUAAAAAGGUUUUCUUUAUGUUUGUUUAUUAUGCAUCAUUUGUGUGAAAAGUAUUAUAAACCUAUUAUAGUACAGUAUUAUAUAGCCAAUUGUGUUGGGUGGAUAUCUUGGGCUAACUCUGUUGGAUUUAACAUACAAAUUGGACUUACAAGCAUGCUGUUGGAGUGGAACUUGUUCGUACGUUGGGGACUUACUGUACUCACUGCUCAUUCAACAAUCCCCUGCUGCCAGGGCUGCUCACUUUGGCUGUUGCCUCUGCCUAGACCUGUCUCUCUCUCCCCCCUUCUCUCUCUCCCUCAAUCACACAUGCACACAUAGGCAUGCUGUCCAGGGCCCAAGUCACUAUUCCUCUUUUAAUCAGGGGAUCUAUGUGACAAAGCCUCACCUGUCCUGACUCUGGGAAGAAGACCAUAAUUCUUGUUUCCAACUGGGAGGAAGGUGUCUAGAUCCCAGUGGGUGGCCCUAGCCUGGCCUGGGAUCUGAGCCUCUAGCUGGAUAGGAACCAGGAGGGCUGAGGGAGCUGGGCCUCCAAAGGGCCAGUGCUUUUUGCUGGUGUGGGGUGGGGCACCUUGGGUCUCUCCUGCCUCCUCCGCAGGGCCCAUUGCCCCUCAGAUGGGCCAUCUGCUUAGCUGGUGUUUCGCACACCUUUAAUGACUUUCUCCUUUGACCUCCUGUAUUCCUUUUGGUUUUAUCUUUCUUUUUGUUAGAGUACAAAAUUGAAUAGUUCUAUAGUGAAGGAGUUCAUCUUUCGUGUCCUAUCUUUUUGCCUUUUCAUACUGUUCGUGGGGUUCUCAAGGCAAGCAUACUGGAGUGGUUUGCCACUCCCUUCUCCAGUGGACCACGUUUCGUCAGAUCUCUCCCCCAUGACCCGUCUGUCCUGGGUGGCCCUACAUGGCAUGGCUCCUAGUUUCACUGAGUUAGACAAGGCUGUGGUCCAUGUGAUCAGAUUGGUUAGUUUUCUGUGAGU